GUGCGCGUGAACGGGCGAGUAGCGGUCGUUGGUGUCGCGCGCGGACAUUGCUCGCCGCCCACAGUUUGUGCUGGAGCCGGAGAGAGGGGCAUCUAUAUCUGCUGUGGGGAGCGGCAGGGCUGGGCUGGGCUGGCGGCACCGGUGAAAAAUGUCAACUAUGUUCAGAUGGAAUGAUGUAUUUAGACUUUUGUAAAAUUUCUAACAUGAAAACAAGUUAAUGGAUGCUGCCUGACCUGCGGAGUAGUUCCAGCAAUUUAUGUUAUUACAUCAGAGCUCUAUCACGUAACUUUGUGUAGCUUUUUCCUCAUGGCCUACAGCAGCAGCCUAGCAGUUUCGUUACUAUUUUUAGUGCUGAUGAUCUUCAGAUGUGGAGCUGAAGAAGCAUCAUGUUGUUACCAAGCAAGAGAAUAUCCAGUUUGCAGAGAUGUCUGUGAUCAGCUUACAUCCACAAAAAGUGAGGCUCAAUUGAAGUUUCUUCUGCAGCGAUUGCCGGACUACUGUCCUGAGUCUGUGCUUGAUUUCUGGGUUUGCAUCAAUGCAUCUUUGCCUGGAGCACCAAAAAAGUCAGAAGGCUGGGUUGGCCUGGGAUGUUGUGAACUGGCCAUUUCCUUGGACUGUCGACGUGCAUGUAAACAGGCUUCGUCAAAGGAUGAUCUUAAGGAUUGCAGAAAAGAAUUUGAGACAGCAUUUUUCAGCUGUGUGAACAGAAAUGAGAUGGGAUCGUUAUGCUGUAGCUAUGCAGGUCGGCAUACAAACUGUAGAGAAUACUGCCACGCUAUUUUUCGCACAGAUUCUUCUCCCACGCAGUCGCAGAUUAAAGCUGUGGAAAACUAUUGUGCUGCCAUCAGUCCACAACUUAUUCAAUGUGUUGACAAUUACACUCGCUCAUAUCCAAUGAAAAAUCCUGUUGAUAGUUUAUAUUGCUGUGACAGAGCAGAAGACCCUGCUUGUCAGACUACAUGUCGAAGGGUGCUGAUGACAAAAUCCACUGAUCAGGAAAUUGUUGAUGGGCUUAUUGAAGGCUGCAAGAAAAUGCCUCUGCCUCAGGAUCCGCUAUGGCAGUGCUUUCUAGAAAGUUCUGGAUCAAGUAAUCCAGACAACAGCACAAAUGGAUUGCCUGCGACAGCCGUUGAUGGUGCAAAAUUGCAUUGUUGUUCUAAAGCAAAUACUUCCAUCUGCAGGGAUCUGUGCAUUAAGUUGUACAGUACCAGAUGGGGGAGCACAACUCACUGGCAAGAAUUCGAUAGAGUCUGUGAAUAUAACCAUCUGGAAUCUGCCAUGUUUACAUGCCUGGCUGAUGUAAGAGAGCCUUGUCAACUGGGUUGCCAAAAUCUGAAAUACUGCACUAAUUUUAAUAACAGACCCACAGAAUUGUUCCGAAGUUGCAAUGCUCAGUCAGACCAAGGAUCCAAAAAUGACAUAAAGCUUUGGGAGAAGGGGACCAUCAAGAUGCCAUUCAUGAAUAUACCUGUACUAAAUAUUAACACCUGUCAGCCGGAAAUGUGGAAAGCUAUUGCCUGUUCGUUACAAAUCAAGCCAUGCUAUAGCAAGUCUGGAGGAAGCAUCUGCAAAUCUGACUGUGUAGAAAUUCUGACGAAUUGUGGAGAUCACAGUAAAUUUCCAGCAGGACAAACUGCUGAAACCAUCUGCAAUCAAUUAUCGCCAAAUAACGAUGACCACAAGAAUUGCAUCCCACUCAAAAAUUACCUUGCUCCAAGCCCAUUCCAUAGUGCUGUUGCAGAGGUGAUACAUCCAUGCAAUCCAAAUGCCUGUCCCAACAACUAUGUGUGUGAAGUAAAUCGAAAGGGAUGCCAAGCUGGACAAGAUUGUCUUCCUUACUUGUGUGUCCCAGGAUGCAAGCUGGGAGAAGCUUCAGAUUUCCUAGUACGGCAAGGCACCCUAAUUCAGCUGCCUGUGAUAAGUGGGGAAAUGGGCUGUUACAGAGUGUGCACAUGUGAACCAAGUGGACGGCUGGAAAAUUGUUUGGAGAUGCCCUGUAUUGACGUGCAAAAGUCUUGCAUUGUAGGGGGUCAGAGGAAAGGUCAUGGGACAUCUUUUAGAGUGGACUGCAACACAUGCUCAUGUUUUGCUGGGGUGCUGAUCUGUUCAAAUCGUCAGUGUUUGAGUGAAUACAGUUCUCAGAUGGACCGGCGAACGUUCACAGGUCUUCCCUGUAAUUGUGCUGAUCAGUUUGUACCAGUUUGUGCCCACAAUGGACGUACGUAUCCAAGUGCUUGUAUUGCACGAUGUGUCGGACUGAAGGAUAAUCAGUUUGAAUUUGGAUCCUGUGCAUUAAAAGACCCAUGCAUUUCUCAUCAAUGUUCCAAAAGUCAAAGGUGUAUUCCAAAACCUAAAGUUUGUCUCACCAGCAUUGAUAUCCUUGAAUGUGACCAGUAUGAGUGUAUCUCGAGAUCAGUGAAGUGUGAGCUGCUUCCUAUUGAACCAGUUUGUGAUACUGAAAAUGUCGAACACUCCAAUCGGUGUGCCCUGUACCAAAGUUCCAAAACUUUGUCCUAUGUGGGUGCAUGCCAGGAUGUGUGUAAGCAGCAGCCAGUUUGUGGUCAUAAUGGUGAGACCUACGAUAAUGUGUGUGCUGCCUACUCUGAUCGUGUGGCAGUGGACUAUAUUGGACCUUGCCAAGCAGUGAGCAUUCGGCUCGAAUAUGAUUCUCAUCCGGAGUGCACAAGUGUCAUAUGUUCACCGCUGCCUAGCAAUGGAUGCAGACCUGUUACUCCACCUGGAGCCUGCUGUCCAUUAUGUGCUGGAAUGCUGCGAGUUUUAUGGAGCAAAGAUCAGUUGGACAGCCUUGCCAAGCUAAAUGAAGGAAGACCAUUUUCUGUACACAACAUCCUUUACACUUUACGACUCCACGUAUCAGUGCCUCAGUGUGAUCUUUUUGGAUAUCUAAGUAUAGAAUCAGACCUUGUGAUUCUCAUCAUUCCAGUCGAUCAUGAUCCAACAACACUGCAGAUUGAAGCUUGCAAUAAAGAGGCUGAAAAGAUAGACUCCCUGAUACAAUCUGCUAGUCCAGCUUUAAUGGCCCACGUUCCUAUGUCAGCACUCACUACCUCACAGGUGCAAGUUUCUUCAAGUGAUUCAUCUGAUUCAGCAACGACAAUCCUUUCCACAACUGCACUUUUGCUCAAUCUAGUUUUUGCUUUAUCAGGGUUCUUGUGAUUCCAAUUGAUAUUGCAUGUUUUUACCUGAACGGGUUGCAUUUAAUUUGCCAUUGAACUAAAUUGGAAGGUUUAGCUAAUGACUGAACUACAAAUCCCAACAUGGUAACAACAGGUAAAGCAGGCUAUAUAAAGCUUAAUCAUCAGUAUGUUUUAAAUAGAAGUAAAAAUCCUGAAUAUAUCUUUAUACAAGCCUUUUAUUGAAGGGAUGUCUAUUUUAUUUUAUAUGACUGCAGUUUGAGUUGAUAGUUAAAAGUGGUUUUAUAUGUUAGAAAUUUGAAAUAAUUUGGAUUUUAAUGUACAACAAAUUACAAGUUUAUUGUGGGUCUAGACAAGUCAAGCCCAUGAUACUGGGCCUAAAACAAGCAAACAAGCAAAUUCACAAUCUUUUCUAAUGAAUAGGUUCUACCAACAUUGAAUUAAUUCAGGCUUAUUUCAGCAGUUACUGUUUAUAAAGCAUGUUUAAGCAUCAAUGGAAAUAGUUGCAAAGCUACAAUUACAUGGAAUCUGCAGACAAGGAACUGACCAUUUGACCAAAUGGUCUGUGUCAAGUGUUUAAACUUCACAUGAACCUCCAUCUAUCCUGCCUGAUUCUUUGCAUCAACACCUUAAACAUGUGAUUGAAAUCUAUUUCAGCCUCUGCUGUGAACUCCCUAAGCCUGAUUCUUUCAAAGCAGCAAAAUUUCUGCACAUCGUUAAUUCAAUUUAACCUGCUGCUUUCCAAUCUCUGUUAACGGAUUGCAUUUGCCUGUUAUGGUUUCUUUACUAUUUUGUUCAUUUUAAUAUCCUCUUUUGGCCUAAUCUUUAUGUACCAAAUUGCUCCUGCUGUAAUUCUUUUAGCUGGCAUUCCUCCUGUAUCAUGCUUAACUAUAAUAAAACUCCAAUAAUGCAGAUUGCCCCAUUCUUUAGUAGUUCAAAUGGUUCAGCAUUGCUUUUUGUGCUCCAUUCAAAUUUAUGAGUGUUUUUUGCGCUUCCUUUAAACUUACCAAUAUCACUGGAAAAUUUCUUGUACUAAAUAAAGAAAAUGAAUUAUGGUGUGUUACCAUAUUUUUCCAAAGACAAUUAUCCUAUAGUUAUUAAUGAUGCCCAGUAAUCAAAAAAUCUGCCAGUUUGACAUCUCAAGUCUUGAGGGUGUCAGCUUAUUGGAGUUUUCUUUUUCUUUCAUCGUCUUGCUCUAUUGGUUUAACCUACUGAUUUAUCCAUCCAAUUAGGGGCUGGUUUAAAGUGAGCUCUUUCCUUCACCAUCACAAUUGUUUGCAUGACUGUCUCUCUGGUCUACCUCAUCUCAAUAAAAAGACAAGUUAAUUUUAAACUUGCAAAAUGCACACACAUUUUUCUUUACAUUUAAAAUUCACGCUGCACACAGACAUCAAACAUUCCUAUAAAUAUUUUGCAACAAAUGAAAAGUCAAUGAAUAAUUCUUUAUCUAACGGUGCUUCUCCACCGUUUUGACAAAUCAUGAUAUCUGAAUAUUAAAUAUGGGGUUUUAGCAAUCUGGUAUAUACUACGGAAACGCUUUUAAAAGAAUCCUUUAAAAAGAAAACAGGUAAAUAUUUGUAAGCAAAAUAAAUGGCAGACAGCAGGGGAAGUGCAGAUAAACAAGUUUAAAUGUAAUGUACUGGAGCAGAUUUGGGUUAUGUAACUGUUUUUUGAUUGACAUAAUUGAAACGUUUUUAGAUCUUACUCCUCAUUUUUGAUGAGCAAGAAGAUGAAAAAUUAUGGCUUGAGUGGAAAUAUAUUUUUGGGAUAAUGGAAAGUAGAAGUUCAAUUAACACGGGACCCUUUCAAGACAAUCACUAAUUUUCAGCAUUAAUGGAACGAGAAUUUUAGCAUCACUCUAAAUAUUCUUUGUUUCAGUAUUAUUGCAUUGAUUAAAUAAUUCACCGACGUGCUCUUUUCAAAGCUACCUGUUGUUGCUCAGCCAUAACUUGCUAAUUUUAUGCCCACUUAAUUUAGUUCUCCCAUAUAUAUGUUUAUUAUCAUUGUAUUAAAAUGUUUACAUCCAAAGUCAGUAUUAUGGAAAAGGUAUAAUUGAAGGAAAUGGUAGCACUUUCAUUUUAAAGAGCAUGAACAAUUUUACUAAUAAUGGGUUUACAUUUAGAGAUUGAUGGUUAUCAUUACUUGAUCCCUAAAAUACAAAACUGAGCAUGAUAUGGAAUUGAAUACUACAGAUGAGGUCAGAUCUUCAACUGACCAUUUUUAUCUUGCAUUUACUUUGGACAAUAUCCUUACAGCAUGGAUUGAUUUUUUUUAAACAACCAUUUAUGUGACUUGAUACACCACAGGUUCAUGAUGACUGUUGUGCCUCCCACUCACUGUGGCCUAAGUUCCCACACUCACCUCUCAUUCAUGGAAGGGCCAGUUCUCACUCUCCCUCCCAUGCAUCUUUAACACAUCAGGGUCACCCUUUAUUACUCCACUACCCCAGUUCCCACGUUCCCUUCCAGUCACCACACUCCGUUCCCACUCACCAGGGCCAAACUUUCCACCUUACAUUUCCAUCAUAGGGGCCACGGGUCCCCAGGUCACCAAACUUACCUGGACCCUGGUACCCACACUUCCUUCCAACUCCUUUGGCCAGAAACCCGUGCUUCCUUUCAACAACUGGAAAACUCAUUUUUAUUCUGUUUAGUAUUUUAAAACUGGUUAAAAAGUAUCCUGGUAAUUACAUCCAAUAAUCCAGAAAAUCUGCCAAUCUGACAUCACCUCAGUCUGCAUACCAGAUUUUACUGUACAGGAGAAAGUAAUGUCCACUGCAGUUUACAAUCAUUGUGUGUGAACAUCCCUUAAGGGUGUUCGUGUGAAAUGUCUAUUGGAACUAUAUAAAUGUUUUCCCCAAUUAAUCCCAUUAAAAAGCAAAUGACUGACUCUUUUAAUCUGUCAACAUUAUUUUCUAUUGAGAUCAAAACCGAAACAUUCCUUUUAAACAUUUUGUAACAAAUGCCAAGACCUGUGACAUGAAUUCAAUCCAUCUGAAUGUUUUGUACGAAAUCAAGUUUUCUUCUUUGAAAUCGUAGCUAGCUGCUGUUUUUAAAAAUAAUUUGUUCAUGCUCCUUUAAGUGAUACCAAAAAAAUGAAACCAUAGAACUGUAGAAUUUGAUAAAAAAUGAAAUACAUUUUCUGCAAAUAUUUGAAAUUAAAUGUAUUGAAAUUUAAGAGGACAAGCAAUGAAGGAGAGUUUUGCACAAUUAUUCACCAGUGUUGCCUUUUUAAAGUUUAAUUGAUAUUUGUACAUUGCAGAAAAUGUAUUUUUACAUUAAAUCAUUGGGUUAUUUUCAGUUAAAGGGGAAGGAAUGCAUGGAUGUAGAAAAUAUUGAAUAUUUUAAAUAUCCUAUUUGUAUGUAUAACAAUUUGAGUAAGUAACCUUCCUUCACCUUCGAGAGGUACAAUCUUUAAUCGAGUCAGAGAGUUAAAUCGGAUGAAAAUAAUUGAUAUUGUCUUUUUAAGGCCAUUAUAUAUAAAUAACAGCACACAAAUGCAAGAUCUAACAAUUUUCCAGAUUCUUACUUUGUUUUAAAUGAGCUUUGCCAAUUUUAUCAAAAAGUAUUCUCUUAUUUGAAUAAUAGAAUUGCUCUCUAUUUUUGUUAAGGUACUAAAAUGAGAGCCAUUUUUACAGUUUGACAAUCAUUUAAAUGUAUAAAAUAAGCUGAAAUUUAUUAUUUUAAUUAUCCUUGAAAGAUUAAAAAAAAGAAGUAAUUCAUGGGCUGGAGCUGAAAUAUUUAUAGUGUAUAUGCUAUUUAAAUGUUUAUGAAGGUUUUGAUAUACAACUUUAUGAAGUGCCAUAUUAAAGUAUUAAUGCAUGAUAACUGAUGGACCAUCUUCAAAUUAAAUCUUUUCUAAAAUGUGUGACAUUCUAUUGUCAAGCUGAAUGUUGUGUGCCAUCUUUACCUCUAUUUGUGCUCUUUAUUUUUGUACUUGGUGCACACACAAGACUAUCUUUUAUAUGAAGUCAAUUUUAUAUCUUCAAUAUUAUGUCAUAGGUGCCUUCCAGAAGAUUUUGUUUUACAAUGGAAGAUGUGCAAAAAUCUGAUGUUUGUCCAUUUUUAGAUUUUGUGAUCUUGUAGGCACUUAAUGUAGACAAUGUAUCACAGUACAAGGAACAAUUAUCCUUGGAGCGGAAAAAUACCAGUAUUUAUGUUAUACAUGUUCAUUUUAUUAAAGAAGUAUUUAAAAUAAUUGAAA